AUGCAUUACAUAAGGCUCCUCCGAGCACCAACGUUCACACGCGAAGAGAACAAAAAACACCCUUGGUCCCUCAACGUCGUCUUCACAAUCACAACCGACCUCGGCGACUCCUUCCUCGCACCAGAAGACAAUGACCCCGUCAAGAUCAAAGUCUCCGCCGGAUGGGAGCAACAGAAACAGAAACAGAAACCACAACAGAAUGAGGAAUCAUCAAAGAGGCAGAAGGGCGAAUCUAUGAUGUUGGCCGCUGAAAAGGUCCUGCGCUGGACCCCCAGCAUGCGCGUCCUCAAAGCCGACAUCCCAGCCCAACACCUCCCCGGGCGGGGACCCCUCCCCAACACCAACAAUCUCGGUCCGCUGAGGGUACGCAUACGCGCCGAGGGAGACAAGUCAGCCGAUACGGCGACGAGCGUCAGCUUCGCGGGGUUCGAGGGCGAGUGCGGCAAGAUCCUGCCCCUCUGGGCAGAUGUGCAGACGCCAGGCACCGAGGCACCGACGACAUGCGUCCGGAGACUUUCCCACGGAGAUCGGCCCUUGGAGCCGGUAUUUGAGAUUGAGGAGGAUAUCGGGGAGAGCAUUGCACGGCAUAUCUGGGAUGCCGGGUUGAUGGCCGUGUCUGGGCUGUGGCAGGUGAACACGCGGGAGGGCUUCGCUGCGGAGAAGCACCCGUGGCUCAUGAAGACGUUUCACAACCUGCUCUUUGGAAACGAUCCGGUGAAUAUUAUCGAGCUGGGCUGCGGUGUUGGCAUCUUGGGCAACGGGUUGGCGCAGCUCUUGUCGGAUGCGGAUCCCAAGGGCGAGGGUGCCAUCCUCAUGACGGAUUUACCUGAAGCCGAGCACCGAGCUUGCGCAAAUAUCAAGAGGCUCGUGACAAAUGGGGCGGCGAGUAUUCAUCCGCGGUAUGAGAACCUCGACUGGGACGACGGUCGGAAGGGGGUGUUUGGGCCGCUGGUCAGGGCGAAGACGUGGGACGUUAUCGCCAUGAGCGAUUGCACGUACAACGUGGACUCGCUGCCGUCUCUGGUGAAUACCUGGACGGCGGUUCACGUGCAUAACAUCUCGAAAAGCGCGAAUGAGUCUUUCCGGACGUGGGUGUACAUUGCGUGGAAGAAGCGUCAUCCGGACGAGAAUGAGUUCUGGAACCAGGUCGACAGCCAGGGGUGGGCUCUACACGAAGAAGAUGUCGUUGAUCUGCCGGUGCUCGGUGGCGAGACGGAGAGGAUCUUUACGUAUCUCUUCAGCAUGAAGUCUACAAAAUUCGUGCUGGACGAGGAGAAAGGAGUCUGGAAGUGCUCAUAG